UCUGAUGAUAGUGAAAAUAAGAAUGCCUAGUAAGAAAUGUGUGCUUUCAUAAACAAAAUCAUGAAAAGUUCUCAUAAUUUCAUUGUGAUUUUUUCCCUCAAAGCAUUUGGACAAGUUGUGAUAUAGGCUGCAUUAGUACCUUUUUUUCAAAAUCUAAAUAAAAUGUGCACUACAUUUUAGCAAUACAAAUUAGAAUGUCCUUUCAGCGUCCGCCCUUUGUGAUUCUUGCAUUUUGUUAACUGUUUGCAUUCUUGUCUAUGUGCAUCAGCCAAGAGAAGGAACAUGUAAAUUGUUUAACAUUUGUGUCUAUAUAUGAUUAUUAGUAAGUGCUUAGUUAUUCAUGUUAAUGUUUAUAUAGCUUCUUCGAAAUACUAAAGAUUUUCUACCUCAGGAAAAGAUUACCUUAGUUGUAUUUUGCAGAACCUUUCAAAAUUUUUGGUCCUCAAUGCUCUUCAACUUCGUACUUUAUUUGUUUUGAUUUUUUUUUUUUUUUUUUAACUUUUUUUAUUCGAGUGUCACUGAUGAGACUUGUAGACGAAACGUGCGUACGGCGAAAACAAUUUUAAGCAGGUAUCUAUGAUGAGUAUAUCUUGUUAUUGACUUCCAACUAGCUUUAAGUAACUGAGAGUACUCUAAGAUCGGUACUUUGAGUCUUUUGUCUUUAUGUUCGUUGUUUUUUGUGCUUCGUGCAAAUCUGAUGAGUCAUUUUCAUCUAAAUUUAACAGUUUGUUCUUAGGUUUUUACUAUUACACCUCUGUGCAAUGUUAGCGGAAGAUUAAGCGCUCAUAAAAAUGUUUAACCCUACCGGAUUAUAAAUGUGUCUGACCCAAGUCAGGGUGUUGUUCAAGGGUGUUGAUUCGCAUUUUUUUUUUAAUCAAUUUCAUUGACAUCAUUGAAUAUACUUUCAACAGUUCAAAUAAAAUAGCUUUUUAUUCAGUGUUAAAAUAAUAAAGAACUAUGAUCACACAAAAGUUUUUCAACUGUACGUUUUAGAUAUACAUCUUCGUUUGUGGAUCAAUAAAAUCCAUCGAACUGUGCUAUACUCUAAUGUAAUAUGUAUUAAGUUUAAUACCUUUAAAGGUUAAGUGUGUUACAUGUACUUCAUGAACAUUCUUAUCUAGACCUAUAUUACAAUCAAAAUGGAAAACCGUAUGUUACAAUUUUUGAAAACACAGAAUCUAUUAAUAGUUAUUACUUUUCAAAUUGGAUUUUUUAAUUAACGUCAAUAUUUUUUACUUUCACAUUAAAAAAUGUCCAAGUGUCGGAUUUAUUUAUCUGGUGCUCAUAGUACAGGAAAAACAACCAUACUCAACGAUUUAAAGCCUCACUUGAACCUGCAAUUCGAAGAAGAAAUCGCAAGACGUGUGAUUAGGAAAUUCAGCUGGAAACGUGAUGAUUUUCUACCUAAAACACAACCUGAAAAUUUCCUUAAAUUGAACGAGGAAAUUCUCAGACGACAAAUACAGACUGAUGAGGAAAACGGCAGAAUUUCUAAAGACUUUAUUUCUGAUCGUUGUAUAGACCCUUUGAUUUACGUGCAAAAAUACAUUGGAGAUGUUGCAUUGAGAAAACUUCGUGAACUACCUGGAGUAUUGGAAUGGACAGACAGGUUAAAAACAGCAUUAAUAUUUGUAAUCAAACCCCAAAAGGAAUGUAUUGUGGACGAUGAAGUUCGACUUUCACCGAAACUGGAAGAACUUAAUGCAUUCCACAACAGUAUACUUCGAGAAUACAAACUCCUAGGAAUUCCUGUCUUUGAAAUUACAGAUCUUGAUAGACAAAAAAGAAAAGCGUUUAUACUAGACAAAAUACAACAAAGAUUUCCUGGUGUUCUAAUUUCAUUCCAACAUUCAGGUUAACGUAAUAACAUUGUCCAGGAAAAAUCAAGCCUGCAUAGCAUGUCUUCUGUCUAACAUACAUGUAUUAUUAUCUUGUGUAUGUUAUCUUUUAAAUACAUACUGCACAUACAUCUUCUUUUAUGUGGUGACCCUUUUAAACAAUACAAAAACCUAUAUGAUUACCAUACAAACCACACGUUUCUCAACGACCUUUACCAGAUACACUGAAGACCAAAAACGUAGAUGGCCAAAAUUUUAAAACCCUAAACAGCACAGAAAGUGGUAAAGGCCAAUGACAAUAACUGAACAACAGAAAAUAAAAUAUAAAAUAAAAAAAGGAAAUCAUUCAAUGAAAAGAUUCAACUGAAUGAUGUUACUAAUUUGAAUAUAAUAAAUAAACUCAUCAUAGAUAUAUAGUUAAUCUUAUAAUCAUUUCACAAUCUCGGAGAAAAAAAAAACUCAUCAGAGAUAUCAGGCUAAAACUUUGUUUGCCAGACGUGCGUUUCGUCUACAAAAGACUUAUCAGUGACGCUCCAAUCAAAAAGGUUAAAAGGCAAAGAAGGUACGAAGUUGAAGUGCAUAAAGGAACCAAAAUUCCGAAAGGUUUUGCCAAAUGCAGCUAUGGUAAUCUAUUCCUGUAGUAGAAAAUCCUUAGUAUUUCGAAAAAUUCAAAUUUUUAACAGUUAAUUUAUAAUUAUGACCAUAUCAAUAAGAGUUCAUGUCAACACAGAAGUGCUGACACCUUCGAGAAGAAAACUUGAACCAGCAGUGGCAUCGACCCAGUGGUGGUAAAUAAAAUUAGCAUACCUACCAGGCUUAAAUUUUGUAUGGGAUUUUUUUUUUUAAUAUAUACCAGAUUAGGGUUUUACAGUUCACUGAUCAGGUUAAACAUUUGAUUUAAGGUAGCUUACAAUAGUUCUUGAUUUAUCUUCAUCAGAAACGCUCAAAUCUGAACAUUUGAAAGCCAGGAAUAUAUAAAUACUUGACUAGCUUUAUGACCAAAAGGGACCAAAAAAGAAUAGCCAAAACCAUUUAAGUUCAAAUUUGCCAGAGUACAUUGGAAUCUUAGUUUCUAAUAAUUUGUUUAUUUAUAUAUUAUAUUAUUUUUUAUUUAUCAUCCUGAAAUUGUUGUAAACAGUAUAGUUAUUAAAGCCUUUAAAGACGU